CCCCCGGCCGAGUCGCGUCUGCAUCUCCAGCACAGCCUUAGGUUAUGAUGAUGUCAGACGUUGCUAAAGACAGAACAGCUCAUUUACUGAAGAAGAGGGGCAGUGUGUCUUCUUUAAGUAGCCAUGAGUCCCGGCGGAAAGAGCCUCGUGGGCGCACCAAAAACUCUCUGAGUACAGUGUCUUAUACGCGUGAACCUAGCCAGCGUGAAGAUGCCUCUCACCUCGCAGUUCAGAUGGAAAACACCUACCAACUGGGUCCUACCAAACAUUUUCCAGUUGUCAUUGUCAAUCAUAUUCUGAAAGAUGUGUUAACUAACUACCUACAAGAAGAAAAUUAUGAACCAGAGCUCUGUAGACAGAUGACUAAAACGAUUUCUGAGGUUAUUAAAGCCCAGGUCAAGGACUUGAUGAUUCCACGAUAUAAGCUAAUUGUGAUGGUUCACAUUGGACAACUGACUGGCCAGAGCAUACUGAUUGGAAGCAGAUGCCUCUGGGAUCCUAAAAAUGAUACCUUUGCAUCUUACAUUUUCAGAAAUUCUUCUCUCUUUGCUCUUGCAAAUGUCUACACAGUUUACUUUGAGUGA